CACUGAACAAGUCGACGAGCCACGUCAAUGCCUUGAAACAACAUCGUCCGUUUCUGAUGUGACCGAAUAAAAGCAACGAGUCCCCGACCGGACAUCAUCAUUGAGUGGUUUUGUUGCCCAUCAUCUGCAAAGCUCUCAUCUGCAAACUCAGACACCAUGGAUUCGAAAAACGUACCUCGCCAUCCACUCUCUCCGCUCACCUUCGCCGAGGCAGAACUUGCCAGGGACCUCAUCAAGGCGGACCACCCUGCGACUCUGCUUCACUUCCGUGUGAUCGAUCUCCAGGAGCCUCCAAAGGCCGAGCUCGUCCAGUUCCUCGAGCUGGAGCAUGCCGGGAAACUAGCAGCAACAACGCCGCGUCCCCCUCGCCUCGCCCAGGUGCACUACAACCUGGUCGAGCCCGGCGCCGCGUCAUCCGGCGGAGGCAAGGCCGUGUACAUGGAAGCGGUGGUCGACGUGGGAAGGAAAGAAAUCGUCCGCCGCACCACCGUCGAUUCCCAGUUCUUGGUUUCUCUAUGCCCGUGGGAGUUUGACCAUUUCCUCGACGUCUGCAUGGCAUCGCCCAUGUUCCAGGAACGCAUCAAGCAGUUUGUGUUGCCUCCUGGCUUCGAGGUUGUUGUGGAGCCCUGGCCGUACGGCGGCCUGGAAAAGGAUGACCCUCGAGGGCGGCGCUUCUUCCAAGGCCUGGUGUUUGCCGUGGACAAGAGCACGGGAAAUCCCGACUCCAACUUCUACGCGUUUCCGCUUCCCAUCAUUCCUGUUAUGGACUAUCAUCUCCGUCAGAUCAUCCGCAUCGACGAGCUUCCCACGGGAGGCGGCAUGGACCCUCUAGUCGUCGAAAAGCCUGCCACUGGGCCGGUGAUUGAUCACUGCCGGCCGGCCGAAUACGUCCCAGAGCUCGUCUCCGGGGGCACGCGGCAGGAUCUCAAGCCCCUGAGCGUGGUGCAGCCCGAAGGGCCUAGUUUCUCGGUGUCGGACGAUAACCUGGUGCAGUGGCAGAAAUGGCGGUUUCGUGUCAGCUUUAACAGUCGUGAGGGGGCUGUCAUCCAUGACAUCCACUAUGAAGGAAGGAGUAUUCUGUAUCGGCUGGCCAUGAGCGAGAUGACUGUACCUUACGCAGACCCGCGUUCUCCGUUCCAGAGAAAGCAGGCCUUUGACUUUGGCGACGGUGGCAUUGGGCACGUUACCAACAAUCUCCUCUUGGGUUGCGAUUGUCUUGGUGUAAUAAAGUAUUUUGACGGCAUCCUAGUGAGCCCCGAGGGCAACGUCAAAGUCGCCCGUAACGUCAUCUGCCUCCACGAGCAGGAUAACGGCAUUGGUUGGAAACACACUAACUGGAGGACUGGUCGUGCUGUUGUGACUCGCCGCCGGGAGCUGGUGGUCCAGUUCAUCAUCACUUUGGCGAAUUACGAAUACGUCUUCAACUACAAAUUCGACCAGGCAGGCGCCAUCACGGUCGAAGUGCGCGCGACAGGCAUUGUGUCCGUAGUCGGUAUCGACCCGGGGAAGACGGCCCCCUGGGGCAACGUGGUGUCUCCGGGCGCGUUGGCACAGAACCAUCAACACAUAUUCUGCGUCCGCAUCGAUCCCGCCAUUGACGGUCACGCCAACACGGUGGUCCAAAGCGAGUCACUGCCGGUACAGGUUGAUGCACGCACCAAUCCCCAUGGAAACUGGUACGAGGUGCGGGAGACCCCCAUUACCAGCUCGGCCGGCUUGGACGCCAAGAUAGAGAACGCGCGACUGUUCAAGAUCCAGAACCUGGAGAAAAAGAACACUGUGUCGGGUAAACCGGUUGGCUACAAGAUCGUACCCCCGGCCACACAGCUCUUGCUUUCGGAUCCCGAUAGCAUCCAAGCCAAGCGCGCAAGAUUUGCCCAAAAGCAUGUUUGGGUGACGAAGUACAAAGAUGACGAGCUGUAUGCCGCGGGCAAAUACCCGUUCUCCAGCGUCGAGGAGCACGGCGGAGUAAGGGAUGCCGCAGCGCGGAAGGAUGAUGUGGUGCAGACGGAUGUUGUCUUCUGGGUCUGCUUCGGACUGACGCACAAUCCCAGGGUUGAAGACUGGCCUGUUAUGCCUGUGGAGACUGUGGCAUUCCACAUCAGCCCUGUAGACUUCUUCACAGCCAACCCGGCCAUAGACGUGCCCCCCAGCAGCGAUCGUGUAUCCCAGCUCGCUGAUAAGCUGGCUUCGCACAAUGUCUCUGGUGAUGACAAGUGCUGCGGCGCAAAAGCGGACGUUGCAGUCUAACUUGGCCCAGCCGGAAUCAGCAUCGCCUGCAGGGGAUCUAUGGGCGAACGAACCGAGCAUUGGGUCGGGUCCUUCGACUUUUCUGCGCCAUAACGUUACACAAAGGUUGUUUAACAACACUCCAUGCGGGGGAAGCAGCGCAGUUACCUUGGAUCGUCU